CCAACCUGGCUUUUGCUAGUCUUGUAUUCAGAAACUUUACGGGAAAAUAAAACAAAAUCAAAGGAAGUGAUUGGAUGCCGCCCUGCCCAGUUACAGGGACUCUCUUAAGGUGAAUUUGAUGUCCUCACACACUGUGAAUAUAUUUUGUGUCAGCUGGAGAAGUCUACCCCUAGCUUGGAAGCCCUGCGCGUUUCACAAUGUUUGGCUCCUAUAGACUGUUCAUUUUGAUUGCAGCCUCCCUACUUGUGGCUCAGACCCUCAGCUCAGAUGCUCCAAAUCCUUCAAAAGGCAGAAAAAAAGGUCACUUGAAAGGAAAGAAUAUUCACGGAUCUGCUCAGGACAGAGCAAAGGGCAAAGCUUCCCCUGAUCCCGUUUUAGGCGGAAACUCUUUUGCUCCAUCGCAGUUAUAUAGUUUGGUGGAGGAUUAUGAGCAGAGCCUUAUGGAAAUGGUGAGCCAGCUGAGAAACAACACAAAUCCAUCUGGGAAUCGUUGUGAAGUCAGUCUCAGACUUUGGCUUUCUAACAGGAGAAGCCUUUCCCCCUGGGCCUACAGUAUAAAUCAUGAUGAAAAUCGCAUUCCAGUGGAUAUUCCAGAAGCACGGUGCCUAUGCACAGGCUGUGUUAACCCUUUCACCAUGAUGGAGGAUUUCAGUAUGACCAGUAUUCCCAUCUACAGCAAGAUCCCUGUGCGGAGGCGGCUGUGCGAGGGAAGCAUCAGGCCACGGAGACGGAAGAAGUGCCACAAAGAGUACGUGGCAGUCAUGGAGAACAUAGCCGUGGGCUGCACCUGUAUAUUCUGAGAGC